AUGGUGGAAGCUAAACGUCUGUUAGAAGAGCUUGAUGCUUCGCACAAAGAUUUAAUAUCACCUGAUGCAAAAGAUCAAAGUUAUUUGCAUAAAUAUAAAGAAUAUGAAGAAUUGUAUAAAAUUGUAGAAAAUUGGAUUGAAGAAGUGCGAAUCUGGUUUAAAGAAGCUGAACGUAUUCGUAUUUGGAUCGAGAAAAGAAUCGAAAUCUUGGAAAAUGUUGAGAAGGUUGAUGUAUUUCAGAUGAGUGACAUUUCGACUUUAGUUACCCAGGAGAAAGUAGAUGCCUGGCAAAAAGACUUUGAAGAAUUGGAAAAAGAAGUUGAGAAAUUCGAUGCUGGUGAUAUGGCUCGUUUACGUGCUCAUGUAAAAGAAAUAAUGGGAACUCAAGAGGAGGCGAAUAAAGCAAUGUCUCCAGCGGAUACAAUGACAAUUGCAAUUACCCUACAAACAUUAACAAUUCUAGAUCAUUUACUUGGUGCACUUAAAAGACGUGAAAAUGAGUUAGCAUUGCUAGGAUUAAGAGUUCAAUGGGAACGUGAAUUUGAUAGGGCAAUGAAUAUUUGGAAUUCUUUGAUCUCAGAAAUUAAGGAGUUUACCAUUAAUCGUGCCAGAUGGAAACCUCCGAUUGGUCAAACUGAAGAUGGCUGGUUACAACCUGCGCAACAACCAGAACAAAGCGAAGUUAAUACCGAAGCAGAAAAUAUAAAGGAUAAAAUCAACGACUUCAAAAAUGUUUCAAUUCCACCUACCACCGAUUUAUUUGAUGAGUUCGUCGAUACUUCCACUGUUGAAGUCCCCGAUCAUUUAAUGACGAAACAAGAAAAUCUCGAAGAAGGAGAUCUCCAAGACUUGGAAAACUAUUUCGGCUUCUCGAAACGAGUAAUUGUACAGCGUAAAGAUAUAUUGGAAUACGUUCUUUCGGCAAAUUUAAUUCACAAAGAUGGUCUUGUUCUAUUACAAGAUUUAAUCAAAGAAGAAUCAAAUCCUCGUGGUGGUAAAAUUCAGCAAAAAUUCAAUUCCCGCGUACAAGAAAUCAAUGAUCGUGUUGAAAGUGCCUGGUCAAAUAAAGGAUCAAGAAUUAUUUAUCCGGAUGAUCCUCGGCACGAUCAAUCGGAAAAUGUGCGAGUACGUGAAGGUGUCGAUCAAUAUUAUCGAAAAAUGCGAGAAUUAUAUGAAAAAAUAGUUGAAGCAUUACGUGCAUAUGAACGUGCUUUACGUCUCGUUACAUUAGCUGAAGAAUAUAAAAAAGAAGCUAAACGGCUGGAUAAAUGGAUCGAACAACAAAAUUCACUAUUAAAAAAGCGUAAAGUGGAUGUAUUCGCCGAAAAAUGUAAAUACAACAAACAAGAUGUUGAAACGUUUCUCACAGAUAAUAAUCAACUUGUCAUUGACAUUGAAAAUUUCAAGAAGCAAGAUUUGAAAUCUCUUUCCGAGAAAAUUUCUGCGCUAAUUUCCGAGGUGAAAUCUAUCGGUACUAAAUGCGUAAACACCGAUGAAUUAGAUUCGAUAAUGUCGGAUCUCGACAAGAAAUUAGUAGAUCUCGACGCGAAGGAAGAAAUUUCAAAUUUUGAAGAAAAUUCUUUGAAAAAUACUCAAAAUGCAUUCACCGAUCUCUGCGAUAUAUUCAAUAUAUUACCAAACAUCGAGACCGCACCUGAACAUAUUCACGCCAGGCAAAAGAAACUCAAUGAUGAUCUCUUGUCAGUAAAAGAUUUAUCCGAUUAUACGCAUAAAGUCAUUGAGCAAAAUAAAAGUGUGAUCGAUUAUAUGAAUGAAGCGGAUGAGGCCGACUUAUACGGUGAAAAAAUUAAAUCCGAUUUAAUGCAAACACUUUCAACAAUUUUAUCCGAAGGAAAGGAUGAUGAUACUGAUUUCAUUGAACGUAUCACUUUAUUCAAAGAGAAAAUUGAUAAAGCUUGGCGUGAACUUGCAGAAAUCGUUCCGUAUCCAUCACGUAGUAAAGAUGAUAACAAAAUUGUUGAUGAUAUCAGUGUUGAUGAAACUUUAAAAAAUGCUGAUGAUGUUACAUUUAACAAGAGUGUCAAAAAUGCGAUAGAGAAAAAGAAUGACUCGCUUCAGAAACUUUUUGAUGACUUACAAGAGUUGCUCUUGAAUUUUCAACGUUCGAUUGCCCUCUAUCGUAGCGUUAAAGGAUGCGAAGAUAAACUAAAGGAAUUGAAUGAUUGGAUUAAUGAAAAAAUUCCAAUCAUUGAAGCGAGACACGUCGAUGUGUUUGCUGAUAACUUAUCCGUGACGAAUACAGAAGUAGAGAAUUUAGUGAAAGAGAAUAAAGAUCUUCUUGUCAAAGUUCAGAAUUUCGAAACAGAAGAAGUUAAUAGUAUACGUGCAAAGAUUCAAAAUCUACUUGAAGAUAUCAAGGACGCUAAAGCCAAAAACAUUGAUACAGAUCCAUUAACUACUAAUCUCAAGAAACUUGAAAAUGAUCUUGAAACGCUAAAGAGUUUAAUUCAAGUUGAAGCGAAUGAAUUAAAUGCCGUUGGUAAACGUAUCAUUUGGGAAAAUACAUAUCAAAAAUCUUUAAAUUGGAUCAAUAAUGUAAUCGAUGAAACCAAGGUUUUCACAUCAUCAAAAGCAGCUUGGAGAAUUGAUACCCCUGAGGAUAAAUCAUCCAUUGAGUCAUUAAAUAUUGAAUUUAAAGAAAUCAAGGAAAAAGUUGAUUCACACCUAUCAAAUGAAAUUGCCGAAAAUAAAGCCAAUUAUGAUCAAUUUAUUCUGGCCAGCGAUAAAUUAACAGAUAAAGAGGAUCGCCGUGUUGAUAUCGAAAAAAGACAAAUUCUUCUCGAGUCAAAUGUUAAAAAAUUAAAUGAUCAUGUUGAUUAUGCCCGUGCGCUUUUAGAUCAACGUGGUAUGGUAGUCGAAUUUAUGUCGGAAGCUUCAAAUCUUGAAACCAUGGGUACUGAAUUGCAGCAACUAUUGAUCGAUGCCGAGAAAAAUGUUGCAUCGGGACCUAGUGAAAUUGAUUUAGAGACCAAAGUAAAUGAAUUCAAUAAUAAACUCAAAAGUUUGUGGGAGAAUAUCGGGUCUAAGGUUCCUUUCCCAGUCAACGAAAUAAUGCAUGAAGUUGAUCACACGGAAAAUUCUGUUAUCAAAGAAGCUGUUGAUAAUCGUUAUGAUUCAUUAAAAGAAUUAGGAGGUUCACUUGAUAAACUUCAUGAAAAAUAUCAAACAUCUCUUGCACUUCAACAACGCGCAAAUCAAUGUCUUUUGGAUUCUGCACGAAUUCAAGAUUGGAUAGCAGGUCGAUUACAAAUAUUGAAUGAUCGUCAAAUUGAUCCUUUGGUCGUUGAAUGCACGUGGAAAGAAUCCGAAGUUCAAAAAAUGCAACAAGAACAUGAAGAAUUCCUCGAAGAAAAUGCCAGAGCUGAUGUAGAAGAUAUCAGUGAAUUACGACGUGAACUUGAAACUUUACUUCAAGAUAUUGCAGAAGCUGAUUGUAAAAGCGUUGAUCAAUCUUUACUCACACAAGCAUUGGAAAACCUCAACAAAAAUUUUUCAGACUUGCAAGCAAUUUCUUCAUCACGACAAUUGGAUUUAUCUGUGCUUGAAAAUCGUGUUAGAUGGGAAGAAAAAUUUGCACCUACCAGCAUUACACUUGAUGAACUUGUUAAAAAUGUAAAUACUUUUAUAGAAAACCAGGCUCGAUGGUCACUUGAAGCUCGAAACUCCGAAACAGAUUUAAACAAAGCAUUUGCAGACUUGGAAGAACAAGUGAAGGAAUACGAAGAACGGCCACUUGCUUCGACAAAUUCUAAAUUUAAUGAAUUGGAAGCCGCAAUAAAAAAAUUCCUCUCAAAAGAAACCCCAGAACAUAUAACAGCACGUCAAAUUGCUCUAAAUCAAAAAUUCUCUGAUCUAUUGUCUAGAAUGAAUCUCGCUAAACAGGUUCUGGCACAACGAGAUUCAGUUGAUGCAUUCAUGAAACAAGCAGAUAUCGUACAAAAGGAAGGCGAAUUGCUUAAAUCGAAAAUUACCUCUGCUGAAGAAAAAGGCGAAUCAGAUUCCGGAUUUUCAGAUAAAUUAGCAACCUUUAAAAAUGAUUUAAAUGAUCUAAAAACAAAUUAUGCAGAAAAAAUUGUUCAUCCUAACGAUCCAUUAGCCUCUGAAGACCUGAACGUUCCGAUUAAAGAGGCCAUCGAUAAUCAACUUGCAUUGCUUGACGCUUUAUCUAAAGAGUUGGAUGAUUUACUAAACUCCUACCAAGACACCAUGGAUUUAUCUGGAAAUCUCGCAAAAGGAUUAAAAGAAGCCAAAGACAUUGAAAGCCAGCUCGAUAAAUUUAUAUUCACCAAAGCCAAUUGGGAAUCCAAUCAAAAUUCAAUAGAAGAUAAUGACAAUCUAGAAGAAAUUCGCGAAAAACUUCUUCUCGAACUUGAUGCUAUCAAAGAAAAUUUGUCCAAAUUUGACGAAAAUACUUUACAUCCAGUCAAUGAAAAAUUCAAUAAUUAUAAAUCGAAAAUGGAAGCAUCCGAAAAACAAGUCCCAGAACACGUUCGAUCACUGCAUAAAGCUCUCAAUGAUCUGGUUGAUGGAUUAAAACUCCUUGACGAUUUCGCAAGAGAUAUUAUUAAACAACGUGUAAUAGUCGAUCAAUACAUGAAAGAUGGUGCUCAACUUGAAAACGAAGCACGUCAAAUCCAACAGAUCCUCUUAAUGAAUCAUCCGAGUUCUCCUGGAGGCGAAGGAAAUACUGUGUCAACUGUCGUUGAAAAUUUUGCAAAUAGGGUUCAAGAACUUUGGGACGACCUUUCGAGUAAAAUCAUAUAUCCAACUUGUCCAGUUCAAAAUGAGGAAGAUCGUAUGAGUCGCACGGAUGAUAGCAAUUCCGUAAUUCGUGAAGCAGUUAAUGCGCAGAAUGAAUCAUUAAAAUCUUUAGCAAAUAGUCUCAAUGAUUUAUUGUAUACUUUUCAGUGUGUUUUGCGACGCAAGAAGAUGCUAGAAUCUUAUUUACAUCAGGCAGCCGACAUUGCAGCAUGGAUUCAACCGAAAUUAAACAUUGUGCAAAACGUGGCAAAUGAUCAGAAUCUCGGGGAACAAACAGAAGAUCAUCUUCGUGAACUUAUUGGUGAAGUCGAUGGUAUUGAUGCAGCUCACACUGCUUAUCAUAGCGCAUUUGAAUUUGCUAAAAGUCUAGCUACUAGCAUGAUCGAAGAGAUGACAUUAGAAGUCGAACAAGGUGGCGAUGACAUCGAAGAUAUCAAGAAUGAUUUGGAAUCGGUGCGUAAGAAACAAGAAGAAAUUGAUCAAUUAUGGGAUGCAUUGAGUUCGACAGUUCAAGCAGCAAAACAAAUUCUCGACCAAGGAUUGGAAGUCGUUGAAUUUAAACAAAAAGUGGAUGAAACUUUAGCAAAAAUUAAUGACUUAUCUAAUGCCAUGUUAAAUACACCACCCGAGCAAAUAUCUCCUCAACUUAAAGACUGGCAAAUUAAGUUGAAUUCAUUAGAGCAAAAUGAUCUCUUCUCUUUGAUCAAACUAUUUGAUAAUGUGCAAGAAAACUUGAAAGAAAAUCCAAGCGCGAUUUCUGAUAAAGAAUCUAAGGUACUUGAGGACAAAUUGCGAGGAGUUAAUGACGCAAUUAGCGCAUUGAAAAAAUUGCUAAAUCAAAAGAUUGAUGAAGCCGAAGCAUAUCGAUCAUCACAGAUUGCUAAUGCGUACAUGGAUCGUGCCCGAGAUUUACAGCAAUGGAUAAAUGAUUCAGUUGCAAAAUUCAAAGAUACACUUAAACACGGGAUUAUGGUUGGUAAUCUUGAAGAACAAAAUAAAAAUAACUGGAAUAUACUAAACUCUGUUUUUGAAGAAUUCAAAAAUCAAGUUCAAGAACGAUUUGAUCAACUGGAAAGCAUUCGUGCCGAGUUUAAAGACAUUGCAGCACAAGAAGGUAUUCGAGAGCUCGAUGAAAUUAUAGCGUUGAGUUCUCAGUUAGAUGCUGCUUGGGAAUACCUUGAUAAAGCGACAACUGAAAUGCAAGAAUUUGUCGACAAAGUAGAACAAUGGUAUAAUCGUCAUGCAACCAUUUAUCAAGUUGAAAGUGAAAUAUUAGAAGGAUUAUCCGACAGAAUUAAUAAAUUGGCUAGCAUCAAUUAUGAAAAUCUUGCAACGGAGGUUAAUGAAUUGGAUAGUCUUAUUAAGCAUGCUAAUUUUGUACUCGAUGAAGUUAAAAACGCAUUCCCUAAAAUCUCUGAUAAGCCGGGAGACCUAAUCGAUCAAACCAAUCGCCACAAUUUCGAUGAACACCAUUCUGACGCACUAAAAAGACUAAAUACUCUUUCAGCCUCUUUCCAGGUUGCUCUUAAGGCUGCUCAUAAUGCUUCAGCUUUGGCAGCUUUUCAUGCUGAAGCUAAUCGUAUUAUUGCUUCUUGCCAAGAAGAAUCAGACAUUAUACAAUCACGUCAUGAAGAUUUACAAAACAAAGGAUUUUAUGCUCUCGAAGCUGAAGCCUUGGAAAGAGUAUUAAAAGAUUCAAUUGAAGGUUAUAACGACGCAUAUGAAAAACAAUUAAAUUAUGACGAUAAAAUCAACGAUCAACUUAAACGAGAGGCUGAUCAACUCAUCGAACUUAACCCUGCUGUAAAUAAGGAUCGAAUCUUGAACAUUUUCACCAGAGUAACAGAUGCUUUAAAUCAAUUCUCUGAAGCUGUUUCACGCGAGCGUAGUGAACUUGAACUUGUUCGACAUGUUCUAUCGCAUACAAAAGCUGCACAGGAAAUCAAAUCGUGGAUACAAGGAUGUAAGAUGGCAGUGUUAAGUAUUCAAGUAGAUAAUAUUGAUCAAGAUGUCGAAAUUGCCGACUUAGAAGAAAAAAUUGCCAAAUUUCAGCACACUGUUGAUCAAUUCCAAAAUGUGAGCCAUAAUAAUGUAUUAAAAAAUAUUGGUGAUACACAAUAUAACGAGGACAAUUCUAGAAUUAAAGAAGCAACUCAACAACGAACAAAUCGUGUAUUGGAUGAUUGGAAUGGACUCAAAGCUAUGAUAGCAUCUGCACGAUCUAGUCUCAACGCCUCACGAGAAAGUCAAGAGGUCACACGUGCUAUCAAGGAUAUUUUAAUGGCAAUCGGACAG